AUGGCCCUGUCAACCAUAGCGGCGAGUGUUUCCACAGGUGUGAUGAACUCACUUCUUAAGAAGCUCACCAUGUUGCUGGGAGAUGAGUACCACAAGCUGAAAGGCGUGAGGAAUAAGGUACUGUCCCUUCAUGACGAGUUCACUAGUAUGAAUGGUCUUCUUGUGAGCCUCGCAGAGAUGGAGGAGCUUAAUGGUCAGGCCAAAGCUUGGAGGGACCAAGUGAGGGAGAUGUCGUAUGAUAUUGAAGACUGCAUCGAUGACUUCAUGCAUGACCUUGAAGAAAAAGGUGCAACCACUGGGUUUCUCAAGAAGACUGCCGAACGCCUUAAGAAGCUCAAGAUGCGCCAUCAGAUCGCCAAUAAGAUCGAGGGGAUUGAGGCUCGUAUACUUGAAGUGCAUGAGCGGCGCAUGAGGUACAAGCUUGAUGAGUACAUCCCUCCCGUGUCCAGUAUUGUCCGUGUUGAUCCACGAGCACUCGCCAUUUUUGCGGAACCGACUGGUCUUGUGGGCAUUGAUGGCCCCAGAGAUGAGCUUGUUGAGUUGUUGAUGGAUCAAGAUAGAGAGCUGAAGGUGGUUUCUAUAGUGGGAUUUGGAGGUCUAGGAAAGACCACACUUGGGAGUCAUGUGCUCCGCAAGAUCCAAGGGCAAUUUAAUUGUCAUGCAUUUGUAUCAGUAUCUCUAAAGCCUGAUGUACCAAGGCUUCUUCGGAGCUUAUUAUGGAAGCUUAAUGGACAACAAUUGUCCCAAAGUUGCAACUUGGAUGAUGUGAUCAGAAAUAUCCGAGAAUAUUUAUUAAAUAAGAGGUACUUCAUUAUAAUUGAUGACAUAUGGGAUACCUCAGCAUGGGAAAUUAUUAAAUAUGCUUUUCCGGGAAAUAAUCAUGGCAGUAGAGUGCUAACAACUACAAGGAUUUACUCUGUUGCUGAUGCUUGUUGCUCUAAAGGCAGAGAAUGUGUUUACAAGAUGAAAUCUCUUAAUGACCAAGAUUCAAGAAGACUGUUUCUUAGCAGAGUAUUUGGUUUAGGAGAACCUUGCCCUGCUGAAUUAGAAAAGGUUUCAACAGAUAUUCUGAAAAAAUGUGGUGGUGUACCACUAGCUGUUAUUAGUAUAUCAAGCCUUCUAGCUGAUAAACCAAAGCAAACAUUUGAGUUUGUAAUGAAUUAUUUGGGAUCCAUGUUUGAAGGAAAUCCUACUCUUGAACAGAUGAGGCAAAUUUUGGAGCUUAGCUAUAGGAACCUUCCAAGCCAUCUUAAGACAUGCCUGCUCUACCUUGGCAUGUAUCCAGAGGACAACAUUAUAAACAGAGAUGAUUUGUUGAGGCAAUGGAUAGCUGAAGGCUUUGUGUGUACAACCCCACGGCAAGAUGCAGAGGAUGUUGCUAUAAGCUACUUCAAUGAGCUUAUUAAUAGAAGCAUGAUCCAACCUGUGAGAACUGAGUACAACUGCGAGGUGCUGUCCUGCAGACUACAUGACAUAAUGCUAGAUGUCAUUAGAUCCAAGAUUGAAGAGGAUAAUUUUAUUGCUAUUCUUAAUGAUACAAAAGUUUUGUUAGCGGUGCACAGAAAUAUCCGGAGAGUUUCACUCCAAUGUCAUGGCGAGGAGUGCAGAGUGACACCGGCAAUGGUGAAUGGGGCAUUAUCAAAAGUCCGAUCAGUAGUUGUUUUUGGAGGGUUCUCUUGCCCAUCAACAAUGGUGCUGAAAAGUGUCCGAGUUCUACAUCUGGAUAUUGAUGGAAAUAAAGUGCUAGAUCUGACUUGUGUGUCUGGGUUGUCUCAAUUAAGAUAUUUUAAGGUGUUCUGCAGUUCCACCGGUGUGAUGCUCAAACUACCUAGCCACAUUGGUAAGCUACGGCAGUUAGAGACAUUUGAUCUAAGAGCAUCCGUUCUGAAGCUUCCAUCCGAUAUGGCUAGUUUGCCUCGGUUGUCACAUCUCAUUGUCUUCCCAAAUACAGUUUUUCCUGACGGGAUUUGCAGAUUGAGAUCUCUACGAUCUGUAUGGACUUUCAAUUUGCACAGGAACUCGGUACAGAAUGUCGAGGGCCUAGGUGAGCUGACCAACCUGAGAAAAUUUGUGUUCCGUUGGACAGGAAAGGACUUGGUGGAAGGGGCGAGACGUAUGGAUGUCUUGCGCUGUUCUCUUGAAAGGAUCUGCGGCAGCCUCAAGAUCCUUUGGAUGCUUCGUGCUGGUGGUGAGCCUUUGGAUGGUUGGAGCACAUUUUCCCCUCCACCUAUCCAUCUAAGAGAGAUGCAGUUGUGGGGCUGUGUGUUUUCAGCGAUCCCCAAGUGGUCUGCUCAUCUCUGUGACCUCCAAAGCUUGGGUUUUGCAGUCAGAGGGGAAGGGUUUAAUGGUGAUGGUGUUGCUAUUCUUGCAGGGCUGCCAUCCCUUGUCUACCUCUGGUUGCAGGUAAAAGAAUCUCCAGAACAAAGGGUUCACAUCCCCGGCAACGGUGUGGCAUUCCGAGCUCUCAAACAUCUUAAGCUCGAUUGUCCCGACCCGUCGUUGACCUUCGAAGCGGGUGCCAUGCCCAGGCUCGAGAAGCUUGAACUACAGUUCGAGCUGAUUAGUUAUGAGCAUGUUGGGUCAGCAGAGGGCCUAUUGGAUGGCAUCAAGCAAUUGCCUGCUCGCCUCAGAGAAAUCGAGCUAUGUAUCUACGGUGAAGAGGAAGACCAUGUUGCCGCUGCCAAGUCUUCGUUAAAGAUCGCGUUGGAAAAGCAUCAUCCUGGCGCUGAGUUGCACAUCAACUGA